CGAUAGAAAUACAGCUGCAGCCAGGGUCACAGCUCACUGCGCUCCCACAGGACCACCCAGGCCCAGCAGACCCACAUCCCCACCACUCCUCGCCAAUGGCUAACGAACUCUUUCAGCGUAAACCCUGGGACCCCGAGCAGAUUCGUCUGGACCCAGACACUGACUCGGAAGGCCUGUUUGACGUGCCGCCCCCGGAACAACCUCCUGCUGCCCGCAUGCUCAAGUUCGCCGCUGCCUCGGGCAAGAAGGCUGGUCGGCAGCGUGCGGGCGAGAGGGCGCAGGGGGUCCGUGCCAGGCAGACCUCAAAGGCCACUGCGCGACCCCUGCCCAAGGAGGAGGCGUCUCCAGUGGACGAGGGCUGCUAUCUUGAUCAUUUCCCGCACCUCUCCAUCUUUAUCUACGCGGCCAUUGCCUUCUCUAUCAUCUCCUGCAUCUUUACCUAUAUCCAUUUACAGCUUGCUUGA